AUGGAACCAUGGACUUCCCUUGUUCCAGAGAUAACUGAGAAACAAGUCGAAGAUGUCUUCAAAAACAUUGAUCCAAGAACCAUCAUCGAUCAACUAGAACCAGUGGUACUCAAACAGAACCUUAGACUUGAUCAACAAGAAGAGGACAUCAUCCGAGGAUCAACACUCGAAGAAGAAGCAGAAGACAACCCACAAGAAGAAGGUCAACAAGAAGAAGAGCCAGAAGAAGAAGAAAGGGAAGAGCAGACCAAUCCAGUACUUUCGAAUUUAUUCCCUUCAUCUUUCCUAACAGCUCUUCCACCUUCGACAAAAGGGAAGCAACCACCCAGUGUGGCGACCCCAGUUUCAAUACCGGCGCCACCACCUCCACCUCCACCUCAUCCACCGGCGUUAGCUCGUCAUAACCCAAAGACUUCAAUGGCGUCCAACCCAAUCACCAAGCAGACAUACAUAAAAUUCCGAGGAGGGUCCGAUGAAGAAGAUGACGAUUACCAAGAUGCAGAUAACUUCAUUAAGAAAUUUGAAUCUAUCUCGUUUGCUAAUAAGGAGCAUGCAGAAGAUGAUCGAAAACGAAUCUUCCCUGAUCUUCUUCGAGAUCAUGUGAGGAAUUGGUGGACACACGUCAGUAAAGAUGUAACAAACGUCAACACCUGGGAUAAAAUUAAAGACGCUUUUUUAAAGCGAUUUAGGGAGGUGGGCUAUGAGCGAAACGUAUGGACCCGUCUUAGUCACAUAAGACGAAGAAAAAAAGAGAAACUUCGGAAUUACAAAGAACGAUUUCAAGUACUCAUUGAUAGAGCUGGAGGACUUCGAUCUAGGACCAAUACGGGUCAAAUUUCUGAAGCCCAAGCCACAGAUCACUUCAUAAGCGGGUUGGAAGACCCGAUUCGAUUGUUCUGCAGAGAAAUACAAAAUACCCCUCCUACUUUGGACAAUGCCAUCAGUAGUGCCAAGAUAUAUGAAACGGCACAUUACAAGAAGGAAUCGUGCGGAAGGGAGAAGAAGCGUUCGAAGAAGAAGAAGAGAAGGUCAAGCUCUUCUUCAAGCUCGUCGACAUCUUUAGACUCAUCGAGCUCUUCCUCGUCAUCUUUCGAAGAAGACACUAGAAAGGCCUCACACAAGAUGAAAGAAAAGAGAAAGAAAGAUAGGAAGAAAGAAGAAACGACACCCAGACCUAGCACUCCAAAGAAAGAAGAUCCUAUGGAUACUCUUCGGAAGGAAAUGGCUGAGUUGAAGAUACAGGUGGUUGGUACUCAACCCCCUAGACCAAAACCUUCCUAUCAGCGGCCUAACGUUUGGUGUACCAUUUGUCAGAAACCAGGUCAUACAGCGAGUGAAUGUUAUUCCAAUCGACCUUCGUAUCCUGUAUAA